AUGUUGCCCAUACUUUCGCGGUCGCUUCGGACGCUAUCUGCGAAACGGUGUGGCUACAAUGGCUGCUCCCGUAUGUUUCGCAGAGUCGAACGUGGAUAUGCGAAUAUUGCGUCGUCGCUCCCUAGGACUCCAAUGAGUCGAUUUGAAAAAGAUCGCUACAUUAAUUACGAAGAGCUGGACAGCAAUAUUGAGAAGGUUAGGGCCAGACUUGGAAGACCUUUGACUUACGCAGAAAAGGUACUGUAUAGUCACCUUGAUCAGCCCGAUUCGGCACAAAUCGAGCGCGGAGUGUCUAAUCUUGAAUUGCGGCCUAGCCGAGUGGCUUGUCAGGAUGCUACAUCACAGAUGGCAUUGCUACAGUUCAUGACGGCAGGCUUGGAUAAGGUAGCUGUUCCAACGACUAUUCAUGCAGAUCACCUCGUUACUGGCAGAAAGGGGAGCGAGCUGGACUUGGCAGAAUCAAUCAGAACCAACAAGGAGGUCUUCGAAUUCCUCGAGAAAGCUUCGCAGAAAUACGGGAUCGGAUAUUGGGGCCCAGGAGCUGGAAUUAUCCAUCAAGUCAUACUGGAGAACUAUGCGUACCCUGGAGGCUUAAUGAUUGGAGCUGACUCUCACACCCCCAAUGCGGGUGGUCUCGGUAUGGCUGCGGUUGGCGUGGGAGGAGCCGAUACAGUGGACGUUAUGUCGGGACAGACCUGGAGUUUGGCAGCACCCAGAAUUAUAGGUAUUCAGCUCACUGGAAGGCUUUCUGCCUGGGUUUCGCCUAAAGACAUCAUUUUAUAUGUCGCAAAUGAACUCACCGUCAAAGGAGGAACCGGAAGUGUGCUUGAGUACUUUGGGCCUGGCGUAGACACCCUGUCUUGUACUGGCCUCGCAAGCAUUUCUAAUAUGGGAGCGGAGACUGGAGCGACAACGUCGAUAUUUCCUUACACUGAGGCGAUGGGAUCCUACCUGGCGGCCACCGGGAGAGGCUACAUACGAGAUAGGGUACAAUCUCGACUUCCCAACCUUCGUGCAGAUGACAAUGCGGAGUAUGACCAGCUCAUCAAUAUCGACUUGUCCAAACUAGAGCCUCGGAUCAACGGACCAUUCACACCGGAUCUGUCGACGCCAGUCUCACAGUUUGGAGCAUUUGUCGACGAGAACAGCUGGCCUGAGCUGUCUGCGGGCUUGAUUGGGUCCUGCACGAACUCUUCCUUCGAAGACAUGAAUCGAGUUGCAAGCCUAGCAAAGCAGGCGCUUGAUGCGGGAAUCAAACCCAGGAUACCGUUCUUGGUUAGUGUUGGGAGUGAACAAACUCGACGUACGUUGGAGAAAGCUGGCAUUAUCGAUAUCCUAAAGAAGUCGGGUGGAACUGUACUAGCAAAUGCAUGUGGCCCUUGUUCAGGCUCCUGGGCUCGGGAAGACGUCGACAAGGGUGUUUCUAACUCUGUCAUCACCUCAUACAAUCGCAAUUUCACGAGCCGAUUGGACGGGAAUAAGGAGACCAAAAUCUUCAUUGCCUCACCGGAGAUGGUUGUGGCCAAGACCUUCGCUGGGGACUUGAAAUUCAACCCGCUUCAGGAUAGUAUCAUAAGUCCUGACGGAAAACCCUUCAAGUUCGAUCCUCCGUUUGGGCCAAGUCUCCCCGAUGAAUAUGUGACUGCCGAUGCUGUGUACAAAGCACCGUCACUAGCGUCUCAAGUUGAGGAGAUCUUUGUUGACCCAGAAUCCGAACGUCUGCAGCGGCUUACGCCAUUCCCUCCCUGGAGUGGUAAGGACUAUCAAGAUAUACCAAUCCUUGUAAAAGUCAAAGGCAAGUGCACGACUGAUCACAUCACCCCUGCUGGACCUUGGUUCCGUUAUCGAGGGCACCUGGAGAACAUUUCCGCGAAUACCUUGAUUGGUGCCACCAACGCGGAAAAUGACAAAGUUAAUUCCACGUGGAACCUUUUUGCCGAGAAGUACGGACCUAUAGCCGAAACAGCGAGAGAAUAUAAGGCUCGUGGUCAGCAAUGGGUGAUUAUUGGUGAUAGUAAUUAUGGCGAAGGAUCUUCGAGAGAGCAUGCGGCUUUGCAACCUCGCUUCCUCAAUGGGGUGGCAGUGAUCGCAAGAAGUCUGGCUCGUAUUCAUGAAACCAACCUAAAGAAGCAGGGUCUCCUGGCACUCACUUUUGAAAAUGAGUCCGACUACGACCGCAUCCAGCCUCGAGAUCGUGUAAGCCUGAUUGGUCUGGAUGGGUUUGCCCCUGGUAAGCAGAUCACGUUGCAAGUACGACAAGAGAAUGGAUCGCUGUGGUCUUGUCAGUUGAAUCAUACCUACACAGAUGUUCAAGUGGAAUAUUUCAGACAUGGUAGCGCUUUGAACUAUAUGGGUCACUGCAGUCAGGCUGGGGGGAAGGCUGCACAACUUUAG